GGCGUCUCGUCGACGCGUGGGCCCCUGCUCUGCUUGCAGCGUUGAAGGCAAGUGCAUGGCAUACGGUGGCGGAGCGGGACACCCGUGUUGCAGUUCGCUGUGAAUCGCGAAAACGCGAGCUGGACAGACUCUUUGGCCUCAAACCUGGGGCCGUCAGGCGAUGCUUGCAGCGCUACAGUAGUAGCUGCUCCGUACCACCAGACAAUGCACUGAAUACUUCACACGACCGGACAAAAGGGUUUCCGAAUGGCCGGGAGACAGGCUCGAGCUGUGUGUACUGACUGCUUCACCUACUGCGGCCUUGCAAUACUCGACCUCUUGGUGCACGUCAUUCCUGUCGCCUCGUCACGGCUCAGCGUAUUCAAGCCUCUGGACAUCGUGAUAGGCGCCCUUUCUUCGCUCCCGCUUCUCCUCUACAUUUCGUUCCUUUACACGUUCACGGCAUCCCAGUUCAUCCCCAGCCUUCCAAGACAAUUCCGUCCCCUGGCGAGACAAUUCCUAAUCUUCUUCCUCCCGGUCAUCGUCGCCGCGAACGAGAUCGGCUCGUUCACCGGCAUCUCCUACCGUGUGCUGAACAACGGGCUCUACGUCGGCUUCACAAAUCCAUACAUCCACGUCGGCUUUGACAGCCUCACUCUCGUAGUGCUCCUGAUCUACCAGCUGCUCAUAUUCAGCCUGGCGGCGUACCGGCUCGCGCGCGCGUUCCGAUACCGCCAGGACCUCGUGACGGAGAAGUCCGACGGCAGCGAGCUUAAGACGCAGAUGUUCCGCGGGUCGCCCUGGCUCGUCGCUGGUAUGUUGCUCGGCACACUCGAGACGACCCUCGGGUUCCCUGGCGGCGGGUUCGCGCUCGCACUGAUUCGGCGGGUGCUCCGCAUGCUCAGUCGAGCGUGCCUCAUCAUCGGCUUGUUCAAUGGGUACGUCUCCAUCCAUGCCCCGAAAGCUUCCACUGACCGUUACCCACGUAGCGUGGACACCGUCGAGGACUUUCACAUGCUCAAGAUGGAAGCCGUCCAGCAGCGCCGCCGUUCCAAGCUGCUCGGCCUCAUCGGCAACCCGCGCAACAGCACGUUCCGCCAGCUCGAGGGCUAUCAAUACGACCCAGAGACGGGCGGGCUGCGCCCCAAGCUGGACCGUCUCUCCCUGAUGGCGUCCAACGCACUCGACGAGAUCCGCACCAUCUCCAUCCGCCUCGGCAACAGCCCGCGCUCAUCGCUCCGUCCGGCGGACAGCACGGCCCCUGACUCAUCCGUGGAGGCAGUUAUUCACGAACGCACGGUCACACCGCCGAUUAACAUCAUCAACCACCCCAGUGCUGCCGAGAUUCCGUCCUCGACGGUGCGCUUACGCGACCCGCCGCUGCGCCCACGUCCUCAGGAGCGCGUGACGGUGCACUGGGGGAACGGCCUCAGCCCGCCGCAGCUCGAGCUGCGUCGCGUAUCGGACCUGCUCGACCAGACCUCUCUCGUUCGCCUCACGCAGCUCGGCAUCGAUCCGUACGGCGACGUGCAUCCUCAUAUGGGCGUCUUCCGUGCGAUGAGUCUCCCCACGCACGUCGCGAUGGAGGAGUGGGCCGCCGUGCAGCGCGACCACCCCAGCCUGCGGCGCUUCAACGACGACGCGCGGGCGCGGUACCGCAGCUCGCCCCCGCCCAUGCAAUCGCGCACAUCCCUGUCGCCGAGCGGGUACUCACAGACGGUUGAGGAAGCGGAGGCGUUCACGUCGCUCAGCAGGGAGGGCUCCGUGUUCUCCGUCCCGUCGUCUGCGGUCAUCGCGCCCGUCGUGCGCGUUGAACGCGCGUACGCGCGCCACACGUACGGCGGGCCGCAGCAGGUGCACCGCCGCGGGAGCUCGUACGCGUCGUCCAUCGAGCUGCUCCAGGCGCUCGCGGCGCAGUUCCCCGGCACGCCGCACGCAGGGAGCCCGUCCCAGGACGCGUUCCAGGCGUCCCAUGCGCACUCCGCUAGCCGGGACAGCGACGUGACCAUGUGGAUGACCGUCGGCGACCAGUCGCUCGCGCGGGCGGAUAGCUGGGAUGCACGCACGCUGCCUUCGCACUCGCGCGGGCCCUCUAAGGACCUCCUCACCUCGCCCAUGACGAUUGAGGAGGAGCCGGAGCCGCGCAUGUCGGAGGACAGCACGCUCAUCGGCCACGGCAGCCACAAGAAGCGGAUAUCGACCGACUCGAAGGCCGUCGCCGCCUUCCCCACGCCCACGUCGCUGCUCACGAGCCUGCCGUCCCCGCCCGCCUCCGUGUCCGAGGAGGACCUGCAGGCGAGGCUCCGCGAGCGCGCACGGAAGGCGCGCACGCUCGACGCCACUCGUACGCAGCCGCUCCGGAUGGACAGCGUGGACAGCGCCGUGACGGACGAGUUCGCCGACUUGCCUCCGGCCCGCCCGCGCGUGCCUCGUAUUAAGAGCGUUGGGGUUGCCCCGCGGCGGUACACGCCGACGCCGACGAACAGCAGCAUCUUCACGCGGGAGAGUGUCGCGGUGGAGCUGGAGUCAGUGAACGAGGUGUCGAGCGACCAGAGAAAAAGUAGGAAACUAAGUAAAAGAUCGCGGAAGAGUUCGACGAAGAGUUCGAAGAAGGACCGCAAGAGUAUGGUCAGUGAGGGCGUAUAUGUAGCGGCUGGUACAAUGGACGCGGGGCGUAGCGUACGUAGCGUAUUUGAGGACUAG